AGAGGGGUUUAGGGAAUAGGGAUACUUGAAAGGUAAGAAGUGUGAAGCGUGAAGUGUGAAGGGAAGGGACUAGUGAGGGUUUGAGUUUAGGGUUUUGGUGAUGAUGGCGUUCUUCAGUGGAGCUCAGCGAUUUCUCCGCCAGUCUUCUAUAGUUGUGGCCUCCCACUUCACCUCUACUCGUUUCACUUCGACUCUUACUUCCCCAAAACUCUUCAUCAGCGGUCUUUCAAGACUGACAACAGAUGAAAAACUUACUGAAGCGUUUUCUCCUUUCGGGCAGCUGCUUCAAGCAAAGGUUAUAACCGAUAGAGCCUCUGGACGGUCAAAGGGAUUUGGAUUUGUAACUUAUGCGACCAUAGAAGAUGCUGAAAAGGCGAGAGCCGGAAUGAAUGCUAAAUUUAUUGAUGGAUGGGUUAUAUUUGUUGAUCCUGCCAAACCAAGAGAGCCCAGACCUCCUCAGCAGCCAGAGUCUCAGCCCUCUGGAGCUGGUUUCACGGUUAACAAGACAAUUGGAUGGUGUGGUUGAUAUUCAUUAUUGACUAAAAUAAACCUUAUUCUCAUGGUGUGAGAUUUCAGAAGACCAUAUAUAAUUUAACUCCCCCAAUUAUUAUACACCAUAGUUUCUGGAGGAAUUUUUGUAUCAGACCAUUAUAAUUUGUAACUAGGGAUUGUACUUUAGCCGCAAUACAUUACUAUUCGGAAGAUUUUGAAGUCCAUUGGAA